CCGUGCGGUGAGACCGCGUCUCGCUCUCCGACUUGGGCGCUCCCUGUUCCUCUCUAUCCAUUUCUUCGUUUCCUCCUCUCUCUCUUCGCCUGUAAGCGGAAGGUCCCUUCGUCUCCCCUCGCCGGAGCACGAUGGCGUCUGUCGCCGCCGUCUCCGGGGAGGCCAUUCUCUUGCACGGCGACCUCGUCCUCACCGUCAUUGAGGCCCGCCGGCUCCCUAACAUGGACAUGUUCUCCGAGCACCUGCGCCGCUUGUUCUCCUCCUGCCACGAGCCGUUCCCCAAAUGCGACCCCUCCGCACGCCGCCGCAGCCACCACCACCACCGCAAGAUCAUCACGAGCGACCCCUACGUCACCGCUUGCCUCGGAGAUGCCACUGUCGCCCGUACCCGCGUCAUAAACAACAACGAGGAUCCCAUCUGGAAUGAGCAAUUCAAGAUCUUCCUCGCCCAUCGAGCUUCCACCCUCGCGCUCCACGUUAAGGACAACGACGUCUUCGGCGCGCAGAUGAUCGGGACCGUGUCGAUCCCUACUGCGCGAAUCGCCUCCGGCGAGACAAUCCAUGAUUGGUUCCCUAUCAUAGGCCCCAAUGGGAAGCCUCCGAAGCCCGAAACCGCCCUCCAUCUCUCCAUUGAGUACACGCCUGUCGAGAACAAGCCGGAGUACCAGCACGGCAUUGCGGGGGAUCCCGAAAUGCUAGGGGUUAGGGAUUCCUAUUUCCCAUUGCGGCGAGGUGGGGCGCUUACGCUCUACCAGGAUGCCCAUGGUCAUGGUGAUCUCGAGGAGGUCAGGCUUGAGACGGGCGCCGUCUACAAGCAGGAAAACUGCUGGGAGGAUAUUUGUCAUGCGAUUCUCGAGGCGCACCAUCUGAUUUAUAUGGUCGGCUGGUCGAUUUAUCACAAGGUGAAGCUAGUGAGGGAGCCGACACGGCCGCUGCCGAGCGCAGGAGAAUUGACAUUAGGGGACCUGCUCAAGUACAAGUCGCAGGAGGGUGUGAGAGUUUGCAUGUUGGUUUGGGACGACAAGACAUCCCACGACAAAUUCUUCUUCAAGACGGGUGGUGUGAUGCAGACUCAUGAUGAAGAGACUCGGAAGUUUUUCAAGCAUUCCUCAGUUAUUUGUGUGUUGUCGCCGCGUUAUGCAAGCAAUAAGCUAAGCAUUGUCAAGCAGCAGGUAGUAGGGACUCUUUUUACGCACCAUCAGAAAUGUGUGUUGGUUGAUACACAAGCUUUUGGAAAUAAGAGAAAGAUUACUGCUUUUAUAGGUGGUCUUGAUCUUUGUGAUGGCCGCUAUGAUACACCACAGCAUAGACUUUUUAGUGAUCUGGAUACAGUCUUUCAGAAUGAUUUCCAUAAUCCCACUUUUUCUACAGGAACAAAAGGCCCGCGCCAACCUUGGCAUGAUUUACAUUGUAAAAUUGAAGGUCCAGCUGCUUAUGAUAUCUUGAAGAAUUUUGAGCAGAGGUGGCGGAAGGCAACAAAAUGGCGGGAAUUAAGUCUACGCUUAAGAAAAUCAUCCCGAUGGCAUGAUGAUGCAUUAAUAAAACUUGAACGUAUUUCCUGGAUUCUCAGUCCUUCACUUUCUGUUUCAGAAGAUGAUCCAAGCUUAUGGGUUGCUAGGAGUGAAGAUUCUGAGCAUUGGCAUGUUCAGGUCUUUCGGUCCAUCGAUUCUGGAUCAGUAAAGGGAUUCCCCAGUAAUGUCCAAGAGGCUUUAAAGAUGAAUCUUGUUUGUCGGAAAAAUCUAGUCAUUGAUAAGAGCAUCCACACAGCAUAUGUAAAGGCGAUCAGAUCUGCCCAACAUUUCAUAUAUAUUGAAAAUCAGUAUUUUAUUGGUUCUUCAUAUGCUUGGCCUUCUUACAGAAAUCCAGGAGCUGAUAAUCUGAUACCCAUGGAAUUAGCCUUGAAAAUUGCCAGCAAAAUUAGAGCCAAAGAGAGGUUUGCUGUUUAUGUAGUUAUACCAAUGUGGCCUGAAGGAGAUCCAAAUUCUAACGCUGUGCAAGAAAUUCUUUUUUGGCAGGGCCAGACAAUGCAAAUGAUGUAUGGAAUUGUGGCACAGGAGAUUAGAUCUAUGAACAUUAAAGAUGCACAUCCACAGGAUUACCUAAAUUUCUUUUGUCUGGGAAAACGUGAAACAAUGAAGGACAAACUGUUACAAAAUGUACAAUCUUUAGAAAAGAGCUCUGCGAAUUUGUCACAAAAAUUUCGGCGGUUCAUGAUAUAUGUCCAUGCAAAAGGGAUGAUUGUUGAUGAUGAGUAUGUGAUGGUUGGUUCGGCCAAUAUUAAUCAAAGAUCUAUGUCUGGAUCAAGGGAUACUGAAAUAGCCAUGGGAGCUUAUCAGCCUCAUCAUACUUGGGCAAUGAAGAAAAGACAUCCGCAUGGACAGGUGUAUGGAUAUAGAAUGUCACUGUGGGCAGAGCAUCUUGGGAUGGUAGACGACCGAUUCAGUGAUCCCAGUAGCCUGGAGUGCGUCCAAUUCGUCAACAACAUAGCUGAAGAGAACUGGUCCCAAUACACUUUAGAUGAGAUGACAAUCUUAACAGGUCAUCUACUAAGAUACCCCAUCAAAGUGGAAGCCGAUGGUAAAGUCGGCCUGUUGCCAAACCAAGAGUGUUUUCCCGAUGUUGGAGGCAAAAUUUUAGGGGCCCCAACUCCCCUUCCUGAUACACUGACAAUGUGAUAAGCAGGUUUCAUUCUUUUUUCUAAACAACAAAUUGGAAUAAGGUUCCUGUAAGGUUAUUCAAAGUGCUCUCUUCUUCACUUGUAUAGGAAAAGGAUGUGGCUUCAAAGACUCUCAUACUGGAUCAUUGUUCUACAUAUAAAUCGAGUUUUAUAUUAAUGAUAAAAACCUGUAGAUGAUUUGCUUGCA